AAAUGCAUUCCCCUGUCCUGAUCUUCGAUUGGUCAUGAAUAAAAGAGGAAAUUCUGCUAUUUCAUAUUGAUAUUGAUUCUGUACAGUGUACAUUGUACAAACAAAUUUCUGCUCUUUCAGAAUGCGCGGAUUAUUAAUCAUAUCGCAUUCGAAAAAAAUCAGGUCAGAAGGGCGCCGGGCGGUCGGCCUUAGCUCUUUUUUUCUUUACUUAUCAGUAAUCAAUUAUUGAAACAUGGGACUUAUUGAAAUCGCGAAACAAAAUUCUCUUUUGGUCCUAACACUGGCCAGACCUGAGAAAAGAAACGCAUUAAGCUUAGAAAUGCUUUCCCAGCUGCAAACGGCCCUCAAUAAUGCGGCAAAUGAUCCAGACUGUUCUGUGGUGGUCAUCACAGGCAAAGGGGAGUAUUUCACUUCAGGAAAUGAUGUCUCAAAUUUCCUUACAUCUGAUCAACCCGCUCAAAGAAAGCUGUUGGGUUUUCCUGAGGCUGGACCUCCUCUGAGUGUGGAAGACCUAGCAAGAGGUGGCAGAGACUUCUUCUGCAAGUUAGUUGAGUGCAUCAUCGACUUCCCUAAGUUGCUCAUAGGCGUCGUGAAUGGCCCAGCAGUUGGCUUUGGUGUCACCAUCCUACCUCUGCUGGAUCUUGUCAUCUGUCUUGACACGGUUACGCUGUGGACGCCGUUUGUGUCGCUGGGGCUGGUGCCAGAAGGCUGUUCCUCCUACACAUUUCCUCGCAUCAUGGGCCCUUCCACAGCAGCACAGAUGCUUUUAUUGGGGUAUAAGAUGAGUGCAGCUGAAGCCUUGAACUGUGGGCUAGUCGCUAAAGUGGUGACGCGGUCAGAGCUGGAGGCCGAGUGGGAGUUUAUAAGGAACAUUGCCAACAAUAGCCCUGUAGAGACGCUGACUGCAGCUAAAAACCUCGUAAAAGAUCAUUUGAGGGACCAGCUUCACCAGGUAAAUGUGAAGGAAUGCAACGAACUUCUGAAGCGCUGGCAGUCUGAAGAAUUCUUCGAGUGCGUCGCUGCCAGCAUGGCUAAAAAAUCAAAGCUUUGACUGCUUUUCAGCAGGCAAAUCUAGUGUUUGCUUAUCUACUGCUGCCUUCUUUCCUUUUAAGGUUAGAAUUCGUUCGAAAAAAGUGGUUCAAUAUAAGAACAUUCUGUAUUGAAGAACUUGUUUCAGGUCAUACCUUAGCGCCGAUUCCACUCACAAUUGGAGUAGGUAUAAUUGCUCUUCAAUAACAAUACUGACUUCACUUUCAUGAGCAUAUUCAUUAAUUGAUAUCAACUUUCAAGCUUCGACAACGGCUGAACUUUUCUCGUUUAAAAGCAAACACAACCUCAAACGUUGUUGAAAUUAAGUAAUGUCAUAGGUUUAAAUCAUCACUCUGACUUUAUGUUACAGAAUGUUUCGGUGAUUUUGUGUUUUCAGUAUUGUUUUUAGGCAGAAGUAACUUCAAACCUCAUCGCGUCUACUGUAAUUACAAUCUUUUUAUACAGGGUUAGACGAAAUAAGGGAAAACCUGAAAAAUCCACAAAAUAUAUUUCAGUAUGGUGUGGAUCCACCUUUUGCGGCUAUUACAGCCUCAGUGCCCCGAGGUAUUUAUUCAUACAAAUUUUGAAUUGUUUCCAAAGGAAUUCCAACCCAUUCUUCGGUUAAAACUCCCUCCAACUCCUUUAAAGACGAUUGCGGAGGGACUCGAUUUCUGACUUUCAUCUCUAAAAUCAACCAUAAAUGCCAGAUAAUAAUCAGGUCUGGUGAUUGUGGUGGCCAAACGAGAUGCUCAACUUCAUUAGAAUGUUUCUAGUGUCAGUUUUUUUUAACAAUUCCAGCUGUGUGGAUUACUAUCUUGAAAAAAGAUGGCGUUGCCCUUCGGAAACAGUGCUUGAAAUCGAACCAUUGGAUGAACUUAGAACUCCAGAAUUCGUAGAUAGUCACGGCCGUUGAUUAUUCCAUGAAGAGAAAUCAUUGGACCGCCGUAUUUUCAAGCAAUAGCACCAGAUCAUCACGUCACGUUUUCAUAGUUUAAAACGUGUUUAAAAAUUACGAUAUCUAAAUGUCAGGUCUUUCUCUUACUUGUCCAACCCCUGCAUCUGUCAUUAACAUAUCGGCGCGUCAAUAAGUAAAUAGCAACAAAUGGAGGAUGCUGCCGUAUCAUUAAGACUCCGUUUCUACAUACUAAUGCGUCAGCUGCAGGAUAAAAAUGUCCAUGUGCCAUAUAUCGUGUUGAAAUAGCUAAUAAUGUGGAUUUUAUGGUUAUCAGUUUAUUAGCCUAAACGAUCGAUUUUAAAAAUUGUACUUGAUGUCGGCGUUUACUCGUUAUUAUUUAACUGUGCUUUCAUACAUCGUAACUAAAAUGGGUUGUUUGAUCAUUGAAAUUGUUUUAAGCAAUUCGUCUAUAAAUUUAAAUUUUCAUAUAGUAUAUUUUUUUAUUGUUGAAUGGUAGUUUUAUUGGAACACUUACUGAACCAACGCCAUCGCGCGACAUCGUCUGUGGACGUCACUCAAUCCUCACAACAAAUCGGAAACAAUUUGUUCAACGUUAUUAAAACGAUUUCAUUUAAAUCGUUAGCACUGCAUAUAUGGAUCAGCGAACAGUGAUGUGGAAAGAUGAAUAACGUUAGACUUCCGAUUAAUAUGGAUGAGAGAUGUAUAUUUACAAGAAGGUACAGUGGCCAACAAACAACACGCAGUCAAACUCAAUGACCACGAUGGCAUGAGCACCAUAAUGAAUAGAAUUGCAGCGCCAAUUUUAUAACUUUUUGUGGUCAGGGUCGACUCUCAAAUUAAGAGGUUUAUCGUAGCCCAUGAUGCGCCCAUAAUGUUCUAUGUCCUUGAAGGUGUCCACAUCCACAAACAAUGGUUUGUUCUUCACCAGAAAAGUAGUAAACAUGCUCGGGAUUUCCGGGAUGGUCACGUCACUGGGUUUGAAUUCGAUCUGUUCAUCAUUGAAAAAUAUAAUUUAUUGUUAGAAUUAAUCAUCCAUAUGGGAGCAUUUGAAAUCAUGUGCAACGCUCUUAGAAACCUGCUUCCAAGACGUAACAAGCGUAUGUAAAUAUAUAGGCCUCGAGUCAAUAAACAGUGUGCCUUUCAAAUUGUAUAUUUUUUGAGCUAGUCAUAAAUAUAUGCAAU